AUGGCGGAUCAACAGAAAAGUCGUCAACAUAGAUUUUUUUCAUCUCAAAUUCAAUGUGUUACUCUCGAUUCAGAUGCCAUCGAUGACCCGAACGUCAGCUACACCACGACGAUUGUCGGGGGCGACGACUCCGGCUCGGAGCAGGUCCCGAUGGAUAACUCGGAGAUGAUUGGUCAGCAACACAUUGCCUUGGUUACGCAGGAGGACGGAACACAGCAGCAGGUCAGUAUCUCUGAUGCAGAUCUACAAGCUAUGGGUGGAACGAUCACCAUGGUGACCCAAGAAGGCACCACCAUUACCAUCCCGGCACACGAACUGACGACGCAAGGUGCUCACUCGGUUACCAUGGUGACGACAGACGGCUCGGAGGAACAGGUGGCCAUCAUGACUCCGGACAUGGCGGCGUUCCAGACGGUGGAGGAGUCGGGAUACAGUCAGGAGCAUGAAGACAUUCAUCCUGUCACGUUACUGGCCACCUCCAACGGCACUCACAUCGCUGUGCAGGUUGGUAGAGCGACUCCAUAGGAGGGAAUGAAUGGUGGGCUGAGUUCCAAUCUGUGCCGGUUGGUAGAGCGACUCCGUAGGAGGGAAUGAAUGGUGGGCUGAGUUCCAAUCUGUGGAGGUUGGUAGAGCGGCUCAGUAGGAGGGAAUGAAUGGUGG